AUGGCUACCGACUACAAAUUCGAGGGAUGGGUGGCGGAUGACCCCUCUUCGGUGGACGGCAAGAUGGUCUGGCGAGAGUACGAGCCGAAAGUCUGGGAGGAGACGGACGUUGAUAUCAAAAUUACUCACUCGGGCAUUUGCGGCUCCGACAUUCACACUCUGCGUGCUGGCUGGGGUGCCACCAGAUUUCCUGCCGUCGUCGGCCAUGAGAUUGUGGGUGUAGCCGUCCGUGUCGGAUCUCAGGCAGAAGGCGGCAUCAAAGUUGGCGACAUCGUCGGCGUAGGCGCACAAUCCGACUCUUGCCUUUCGCGCGACGGGCCCUGCGAUGCGUGCGAAGUUGGAGAGGAGAACUACUGCACCAAGCGCGUCAACACCUAUAACAGCUUGCAUCGCAACGGCAUUUUCUCACCCUUGAAGCGCUACAACGUCGGGCCCGGCAAGAGAGUUGGUGUCAUUGGCGUCGGUGGCCUCGGCCAUUGCGCGGUCUUGUUCGCGAAGGCUCUCGGCGCAGACAAGGUGGUGGCUAUCUCGAGAAAGUCUGAUAAGAAGCAGGAUGCUACGCAGCUUGGUGCAACCGAUUUCAUCGCCACGGCUGAGGACGAGGACUGGGCCACGAAGAAUGCCCGCACCCUCGACGUGAUCAUUUCGACGGUCGCGUCUCCUAAGAUGCCUCUGGCCCAGUACCUUGGCCUUCUAUCACGCGGAGGCACAUUUGUUCAAGUUGGUGCUCCCGAGGAGCCGGUGCCACUGAGUGCUUUUGCCCUGAUUAGAACUCGAGUGCAUUUGACUGGAUCAGUCAUUGGCAGUCCUGGGGAAAUCCGAGAAAUGUUUGACCUUGUGGCCGCGAAGGGAGUCAAGGUCUGGGUUGAGACACGCCCAAUGAACGAGGCCAACCAGGCAGUUUUGGACAUGGUCGACGGUAAACCCAGGUAUCGAUAUGUUCUGACAAACUAA